CUGAACCAUUCAGAGUCCAAACCACAUCCACACCCAGUAGCAUAUAGUGGCCUAUAAAAGACUCAUAUAUGGUGACAGUUUUAAGACAGCCAAAGGAGAAAUUACGAGAUUAGAUCGACCUCUGUUGGACUGCACACAUCUACGGCAGAAAUAAUCCACUUCUUCAGCCUUUAUGGAGGAAAAUGGAAGUAAUUUCUCUGAAUGUUCAGGAUCACUUCCUCUGAACAGCACCAGAGAACACAAAUUUACAGGUCAUUCAGGUCCUACUGGGAAGAUCCAGGUGUUGGGAGACAUUUUCCUGUUUACAGUUGAUGUGAGUGAAUUUUCUCCAGAGGAUGUUAUUGUCACAUCCUCCAACAACCUAAUAGAGGUCCAUGCAGAGAAGCUGGGGGAGGAUGGCUCGGUCACUAAUAUAUUUUCCCACCGAUGCAAACUGCCAUCAGACGUGGACCCCACAUCUGUGAGCAUGUCCCUGGAGAGCAGUGGGGUCUUGACCGUCAGAGCUCACAGGAUAUUUUAAAAACUAACAUGUCUGUGUAUGAUAUUUAAAUUAAAACAUAUCAAGCCUC